CAUUAUGCUGAAGAUUAUUUAAUUAAUGAAUUAUUUUUAAUAAGAAGCCUCACAUUAGCAGGUAUCUUCAAAGUGAUCUGGAAUAAAAUGAAUUUUAAUGAAAGUGGCAGUCUCCAAAGUAUUCACUUCUGCUAUGAGUCACUGAACAACUCCUGUCAAAAACAUGUCCUUUCAAUUCAUACAUAUGCCAUUGUGUAUACAGUAAUGUGGGCAAUCAUCAUUAUCACUGUAUUUGGAAACUUAAUCGUUAUCAUCUCAAUAUCACACUUCAUUCAGCUUCAUUCACCUACAAACUUCCUUGUAUUCUCACUGGCUGUCACAGAUCUUCUUUUAGGGGGUUUUGUAAUGCCACCUAUAGCAGUUCAGCUAAUCGAAACCUGUUGGUAUUUAGGAGAAGCUUUCUGCAGAUUUUAUCUUAGUGUAGUCAUUACACUUUGUACAUCAUCUGUUUUGCAUUUAUCCUUCAUAUCAAUUGACCGUUAUUAUGCAGUGUGCCAUCCUUUAACAUAUAAAAGUAAGAUUACAACGUCUUUGACCAUACACUUAAUCUUGUUUUGCUGGAUUCUAUCUGUGGCAGUGGGAUUUCUUAUUGUAUACUUAGAAUUAAACCUAAUAGGGGUUGAAAAUCUAUAUUAUGAGAAGAGCAAAUGUGUUGGGAGCUGCCUCCUCCUGCAAAAUGAAGCAUCAGGUCUUGUAUCCUCUUUGUUCUCCUUUUAUAUCCCUGGUUUUAUUAUGAUAGUUAUUUAUAUAAAAAUCUUUACUGUAGCACAAAGACAGGCUAGAUCUAUUCAAGAUGCAGCACAAUUUAACCAAACUACAGAACAAAAGAGAAAUGUAGCAUCAAGAAAAAGAGAAACAAAAGCUGCAAAAACACUAGCAACAGUCGUAGGAGUAUUCUUGCUAUGCUGGUCCCCAUUUUUCUUAUGUAACAUUAUUGAUCCUUUAAUAAACUUUUCAACGCCACCAUUACUCAUUGACAUAUUUGCAUGGUUUGGUUAUAUGAAUUCCACCUUUAAUCCUCUUAUUUAUGGUUUCUUCUACAGCUGGUUUAGAAAGGCUCUCAGAUUAAUUGUGUAUGGCAAAAUCUUUCAGAGUGAUUCAUCCAGAAUGAAAUUAUUUUCAGAUUGAAAAAUGAAAUGU